AUGGCGGAUCAGGUCAUUCGGCUGCAGCCGUAUGAGUACGUCCACAUCCUCGACAACAACACCAGCAAGGUGCUCCUUGUGGAGGGGCCGUGCUGCUUCACGCUGCUCGACCACCACGUCAACCUCCACCCGACGGUGCAGCGCCACGUCGUCAUACCGCCGUGCCACUUCUGCGAAGUGGAGAACCCCGUUCUGCUGCCGGUGGACGGCGAGGAGCCGGUGUGCCGCGUUGGCCACCGAGAAGUGCGACUGAGCCAGCCGCCGUUCCCACUAUACCCCGGCGAGGUCGCCUCCGAUGUGAAGCCGCUGCGUAUUCUCUCCGCCUCCGAGGCCGUCGUUGUGCAGGCGUUGGCGGAUUAUACGUGCACCGAUGAGCGCACUGGAGAGGUGCGGCAACGUGUUGCAGGGGAGCAGUGGGUGGUGGCGGGGCCCGGCGUGUACACCCCACGCAUAGAAGAGGUGAUUGAGCGCAAUGUGGAGCCGUUGGUGGUCGCCGAGAAUGAGUGUCUGUUGCUGCGCGCGACUGCAAGCUUCACCGACACGGACGGCACACUGCGCUGCCCCGGCGCUGUGUGGCGAAUGUCGACGCCGGGGCUGUACUUCCCGGGGCCACACACGGAGCUUCUGAGCGUCGUGCGUGGCACCGCGGUGUUUCCCUCCGCCGCGCUGCGUGUGCGGGCGCUCGGGGCGUUCUUCGACGCCAACUUCGGCGCGGCACGGGUCGCCGGGGAUAGGUGGCUCGUGACACACGACGUGGUUUCUGUAUUCUUGCCAACGGAGUACGAGGAGAUCGAGGCGACGGUCACGCUCACGGUUGUGCGGCAGUGGCAGUACUGCGUGGUGCUGGAUGCUGUGCGUGAUGGUGUCUGCUGCAGUGGUGCGCAGGAGCUGCGGCGGGGGCCAUGCGUCUUCUUUCUGCAGCCCGGUGAAUCUCUGCUGGGGGGUGAAGUGAAAGAGGCUUACCUCCUCUCCGCCAACGAGGCUCUCCUUGUUGAGGCGCUGAGCAGCUUCACGGACGAAGGCGAGGAGCGGCGAUCCGUCUCCUCGCGCUGGCUGGUGCGGGGGCCGCGCAGCUACAUCCCACCGCUGGAGGUGCGCGUGGUGGAGAAGCGCGAGACAAUGCUGCUCACCGGCAGCCGUGGCGUGUACGUGCGCAACAUCCGCACAGGGAGAAUCACGUCGGUGCACGGCAAGGCACUACUGCUGAACGAGGAUGAGGUUCUGUGGGAGAAGCCGAUUGACCCGUUGGUGCACCGCCUCCUCGCGGCGGAGCAUAUCUCGGUGUACGAUGCUCACGCUCUGAAGGCGUCGGAAGAGGAGGUGGAGCGGUACACAUCACACGCCGUUGUCUCCUUCAAGGUGCCGCACAGUUCGCUGGUGCAGCUAUAUGACUCAAGCACAAACACAAGUCGUGUGGAGGCGGGGCCUGCCACGGUUUUCCUCGCACCAAACGAGGAGUUCACGCCCAUUUCGCUCUCGGGUGGACGGCCCAAGGUGCCAGACUGCAUUCACUCGUUGUGCCUUUUCCUUGGCCCCGACUUCAUGGCGGACGUCAUUGAAGUGGAAACGCUCGACCACGCCCGACUACUGCUGCACCUCGCCUACAACUGGGAGUUUGACACGUCCAACAAGGAACACAUCAAGCGUGUCGCAUUCACCGUGUCAGACUUCGUCGGUAUGGCCUGCAAGAUGCUGGCGAACCGUAUCCGCGCUGCCAUCGCAGGGGAGUCAUUCGAUCACUUUCACCGAAACUCCUCCUCUCUGAUACGUCAGGCUAUUUUCCACGCUAGUUCAGGCACUACAGAGCUGCGUGGUGAUACACUCUACUUUCCUGUUAAUGGGCUUGUUAUCACCAACGUGGAUGUGCAGAGUGUUGAGCCUGUGGAGCUGAACACGCGUAACGCCCUCAAGAAGAGUGUGCAGCUCGCGGUUGAGAUAAUUACAAAGUCGCAGGAGAAUGAGGCUUCCCAUCAGGCAAUGCUACUGGAACAGGAGGCCAAGGGGGCGGUGGAGCUGCAAUUCAUGAAGGACAAGGCCUCAGCGGAGGCGGAGCGCGUGACGCUGCUGCAGGUCGCCACGGAGAACACCGCCAUUGAGCUGAGCGGCGCUGCCAAGGCGCAGGCGCUCGCUGAGAGCGAGGCGCGGUUGGUGGAGCUGCAGGCCGAGUUGGAUGUGACAGGAACACGCUGCGCGGCACAUGAAGUGGUGGCCGACGCGGAGCUGAAUGUGCAGCGGAUGCGCAUGGAGUCCGAGCUCGCCCACCGCCGUGCCAUGAACGAUCUCGCGGUGGCGAAGGCGAAGGCGCUCGCUGACAUUGAGGCGACGAAGACCGAGAAGGUAUUUAAGGCGCUGGGUAAUGGGACACUCGAGGCGAUUGCGCGUGCCGGACCGGAGCUGAAGGCAAAACUACUGCAAGCCCUGGGCCUCAAGGGCUUUCUCCUCACGGACGGCGCUGCACCUGUCAACCUGAUGGGCAUGGCGGACCGCAUUGUGCAGGUGCCGCGCGCAAAGUGA